GGGCGCUUGUCUAAAUAAGGCUUUCUCUUAUUUUUGUGUCAAUUCUUGUUUAAUUUGAUAUACAUUCAAUAUCAUUUCUCUGUCACUUAUGGUCUGACAAUUUUUUAUUAAAAUGGCAUUUCAUUGUGAGUGAUCGAUUUAAACUUACUUCGAGAUGUAACGAUAAAAGAGCUCCCUAUCCAGCUAGUUUUUCUAAAGGCGGUGUCCGCGUCGUUUUCUCCUAAUAAUCUAGAUUGCACUAUUAAAUAAGAUAUAACAAUGAGUGAAGAAAACGGAUAUUGGUCAUAUCUUGCAACAGGUAUUAUUUUCUAUAGCUUUGGACUCAAGUGGUGCUACGACUACGCCAAACUUUACUAUGUGCCACCAAAAUCUCGACAAGGCCGACGUGAUAGUCCUGAGCAUCGUGGGCCUUUAUCGCAAAUGAAGCAUGGAGUUUCUAGAAUGCUCAAUGAACAUCCUAUUGAAGGCAUGUUGAAACUUGUUGCAACUGCCUGUGGCUUGCUUGGAAUUCUUUUUACUCGGACCAAAGCUCUAGAUUCACAAUUGGUAUCACCUUAUGUCAUUAACGCCACCAUUUAUCUAUUUUUUGCUUCUUCUGGUUUGACAGACGUUUUACAUUUUUAUUUCCCUCUCUAUGUAAGCGAGGGUCUAGCCAAAACAGCUUUAGCUCAAAGCUUUUUUGUCGAAGGUUUAUUUAUGUGGACUGAAAAAUAUACCAAUUCUUUUGCUACUUCAUCUAGUACUUUGUCUUUCAUUGUGUGGUUAUCUUGUAUAUCUGUAGCUUUAGAAUUGGUCUGGCCAGAAAUGAAACUUCUAUCAGCAUCUUUGACUCUUCUACAUGGAACAUGGAUUGCUCAUAUGAUUCGAAUGAAUGGAAUGGAAAUGAUUUCACAAGAAAAUGUUGCAUUGAUAUUUUCAUGGCACAUUGCUGGGGCUUCUCUAAUGACUCUAUUGGUAGUAUCUUUGACUAAGGCAUAUUUGCCUCGUGAACCACCACCACCACCUCGAGUUCCCAUUUAUGACUUUGUCAAUGAAAUGGAAAUCAGAAAUGCUUGAAAGGAACGAGUGAACAAUUUUUAAUACUUUUUCAUCAUAGAAAUGCAUUUUGAAAUGAAAUUUGCUAUGCGUAUACUUUGUAUAUUAGUAUGUACAUAAAUUGUCGAAUACCAAUGCAAAUCUGAAUUGCAUAUUUAGUGUAAGGGUACAAAUUUUUUACAACGGGCAUAAUCAAGAUUUAGCAAAGUAGCUUCCAAGACAAAGAUAUUUUAUAAUAUAUUCAGAAAUUAAUCAUCAUAGCAACGAAUAAUACAAUUGUAUUUUUAAUGACAUUUGUGAUCAUCUGUAUUGAUGUAUCAUUUGACAAAUUGAAAUAGUAAAUCAUAAGAAAUGCCAGUCUGGAUCAACUGGACAAGUAAUUUGAUACACUUUUAACUCAGGGUUAUACCAUGAUAAUAUUGAUAUUACAAUAGACAUUAAUUAUUCUAUAACUAUAGUUAUUGUGAUAAUGUUUGUAUCAAAUUUUUAAGUUUAUGCAAAGGCAUGCAUUUUAAUUAAACAUCACAUUUUUUUGAGAAUGAAAUAUUCAAUUUAAAUAAAUUUAUACAAAAAUCUAGUUAAUUUAUUCAUAAGCAGUAUACACAUCAAGGCAACAAAAAGCUUUUAUUAUACAUAUCGUCAAUUAAUUUUAAAUAUAAGUAAAAAAAUAUCAAAUAAUGUCAAUCAUGCAUGUAGUUGUGAUGCGUUGCUUUUAGUAAGGCAAAAAUAUUUGUAAUGACCUCAAGUGCCUAUUAAAACUUUGAAUCAUUAUUAUAAGG